AUGCUUGAAGUCUCCAAUAAGAACUCAGCCCAACUUUUGAUUGCAGGGGAUUUCAACUAUCCUCACAUAGACUGGGAAUCCCACACUGGAAGAAGCAACACAGAUAUAGAAUUCAUAGACACUAUAGCCGACUGCUUCCUACACCAGCAUGUCCAUUUCCCAUCAAGACAUAGGGUAGGACAAACUGACAGCACUCUGGAUUUGGUGUUCACUAAUAAUGACCAUUUGAUUGAUGAUAUUGAAUCACUGCCUCCUCUUGGAUUGAGUGACCAUCUUGGGCUUAUUUUUACCAUCACCCUCUCAGCUUCAGAAAGAGAAGCACAGUUUCCAAAACUUCAGUUCAGUCUUGGACAAUACAAUGACAUAUGUGAGGAGCUUGAUAAAGUUGAUUGGGAACAGUCAAUAAAAGACAUGGAUACUGAACAGUCCUGGUCUUUCUUCCAUACAAUCUUGACAGACAUUAUGAAGAAAAACAUAUCUUGUUCUUCAUCACAGCGACGUAAGAAAAAGCAUAGAUGGAUGAACAAUCAAGCACUCAAACUGCAUGGACUAAAGCAUCGUGCAUGGCAACAAGCCCAAGUGACUGAACACCCAACUGACAUUGCUAGAGCUAGGAGACUAGCAAAGGCUCUUCAAUGCCUCACGAGGGAACUGCGAAGUAACUUUGAAAAGGACCUUGCGAAGAAUGUGAAGAAGGAUCCAAAAGCAUUCUGGAGAUAUGCAUCUGAUAAUCUAAAGACAAGAAAGGGGCUUCCUGAUCUCAAAAAGACAGAUGGUACCUUCACUUCAACAGAUGAAGAGAAAGCCGAAAUCUUGAAUGCUUUCUUUGAGACGACAUUUACUGAAGAGGACACUUCUUCCAUCCCACAGCUUGAACGCAGGCAGUCAGCGGGAUGCUUACCUGCUCUUGACAUAACCCCAGAGGAUGUACAUCGCAAACUUGAUCUGCUUUCCAAAUUCAAGAGUGCUGGACCGGAUGAUAUCCAUCCUUGCAUUUUAUGGGAAACAGCACCUUCAGUGUGCACACCAUUGGCCAUCAUCUACACUAAAUCAUUCAAAGAAGGCAAGCUUCCUUCAGCAUGGAAAGCAAGUCACGUUGUUCCAGUUCAAAAGAAGGGAAACAAGUCUGAAGCCACUAAUUAUCGACCGAUAAGUUUGACUUGA